AUGUCCGCCCCCAAGACCGGCAUCAAGGUCAUCGUCGUCGGCGCCGGCUUCGGCGGCCUCUGCGCGGCCAUCGAGUGCCAGCGCCAGGGCCACGACGUGGAAAUCUACGAAAACUUCCCCCAGCUCAAGGUGCUCGGCGACAUCAUCUCGUUCGGCGCCAACGCCGGCCGCAUCUUCUACCGGUGGGGCGACGGCGAGGUGGUGCGCCGCCUCAAGCCGCUGACCAUCGACCUGAAGGGGUACGGGUUCCGCAUCCACAAGUACGACACGGGCGAGCUGCACAAGGUCAUCUUCGACUACGCCCGCGACGACCUGGGCAUCCCCAUCCACCUCGACAACCCCGUGACCGAGUACUUUGAGGAUGAGAACCACGCCGGCGUCGUGCUCAAGAACGGCAAGCGCGUGACGGGUGACGUCGUCAUCGGCGCCGACGGCGUGCGCUCCAAGGCCCGCGAGCUCGUGCUCGGCUACUUUGACAAGCCCAAGAGCAGCGGCUACGCCGUCUGGCGCGCGUGGUUCCCCGCCUCCGAGAUGGCCAAGGACCCCCGCACCAAGGAGUUUUGCGAGCACGGCGACACCUUCAACGGCUGGAUCGGCCAGGACGUGCACUUCCUCUUCUCCACUAUCAAGGGCGGCAAGAACUGCUCCUGGGUGCUGACCCACAAGGACGACCACGACAUUGACGAGUCGUGGUCCUUCCCCGGCAAGAUCGAAGACGUCAAGGCCGUCCUCAAGGACUGGGACCCGCUGUGCACCGCCAUCAUCGAGAAGACGCCUCCCUCCGCCCUCGUCGACUGGAAGCUCGUGUACAGGGACCCCCUCCCCAAGUGGAUCAGCAAGCACGGCCGCAUCGCUCUUCUCGGCGACUCGGCCCAUCCUUUCCUGCCCACCUCGGCCCAGGGCGCUACCCAGUCCAUGGAGGACGGUGUGACCAUGGCCGUGUGCCUCAAGAGGGCUGGCAAGGGCAACGUCCCCGCCGCCGUCAAGACCUACCAGGAUCUUCGGUACGAGCGCGUCGGCAAGGUCCAGAAGACGGGCGAAACCACCCGCGACCUCUGGCACAAGACCGACUGGGAAAAGUUCGACGCCGAAAAGCACGCCGAGGACAACUUUGCCGAUGUCUUCAAGGCUCACGUCGAUGCCCCCGCCGACGCCGAGGCCGCGGCUCCCUUGGGUAUGAGUGCCAACCCACCCCCGUCGCCGCCUAAAAGAAAGCAAGACAAUUCAGUCCAGAGGAAGAAGAAAACCCCGCUUCCUUUGAUUGACUGA